AUGGAGAUGGCACUUUUUACGCCAGGUUCCAGCUACGAUGUCUCGUCUUCUAAUGGCGGCGGUGUUGGGUCUAGCGGAGAACGGUGCACCUCUCAACAACAACGAAGACUGUCACUGGUGCCGGGCAGAAUGACCUCGGGUCAUGACUCGAAUUCCGGUAAGUCUGGACUCUCUCGUCCAAAUCCUGGCCGAUUAACCGGUCUUGUAACUGCCUCCGGCCAACUUAGCCCUGUGCCUGGAGUCGAACGUCGCCCGUCAACAGGGACGCCUGGACUGUCUCCAGUCACGGCGGCGGCUGCAAUCGCAGCCGCCGCCUCAUGGCAGCCGCGGCCAAUUUGUCUUUUGAACCGGCGCACCCAAAUUCGAGCUCGGACACGACAUCCGAUUUUCAACGAGUCGGCUCAAGUGCAAAUGCCGCGCUCUGUGGCUCUAGAGUCCUGUCCAAACGGACUCCUGCUCGAGUUCACGGUAUGGCAUGUCGAGGAAGUAGAGCCCUUGAGCAAGCCUAGCAACUCUUGGAAAUUUGAUAACACAUCAACAUCUGGUUAG